AUGGCAAAUCAGAAAACAGAGUGCCCAGAGGAGGUGGAGAAGUUGAAGCCACCUCAAGAUCAUCAACCAGCACAAACCAACAUCGACAACAACACUGAGGAGCCAUUGUUGGUGUUCAAGCCAAAACCUGGAACUGUAAUUCCAGCAAGGAGGAGGUUAGUGAAGGCCAUGCUGGUUCACCGUUUCAUCCGAGUUUGCUCUGUUCGUCCUCCCACUUCUUCUGAGUCGAGGCCAAAAUGA